AUGUCCUUGAAAUUACCAUCAAUUCUCGACUCAGAUUUGAGUUCAGUUUAUGCUGCUGAUGAAGAAACAUACUUGUUUCAAAAUGUCAAUGACUUACCUGAUGAUGUCUUGAUAAAUCAGUGCUUACCACUACCAGAAAAUUUGAGCGCCAGAUCUAUUAAGAUUCCUGGCACUGCCAAACCUGGAUUCUCGGAAAUCUACAGGAACGCUGCUCUUCCAAAUGGGUUGAAAGAAUCACUUACACCUGAGUUGAACACUUAUCCAAAAAUUUUCGCCUCCUCUGCCAAAAGACAAGCUGACAGCCCCUGUUUGGCGUAUCAUGAGUACGAUUACGAAAACGAUCAACACAAGGAGAGAUAUGCCUACUUCACUUACAAACAGGUUGAUGAGCGCAAGACCAAUUUUGCCAAUGGGUUAAUGUACUUGUUAGAGACUAAUCCGUACAAGGAUCUUGCUUUGGAGUCACACCAAAAGAUUGUCAACCAUUCGAAAGGGUACAAAAAUUACAACAAAGACAACACCUCAUUCAUCGUCACUAUAUACUCUUCCAAUAGAGUUGAAUGGCUUUUGACCGACUUGGCAUGCUCAGCAAAUUCCAUUACCAAUACUGCAUUGUAUGACACUUUGGGACCAACAUCCUCCAAGUUUAUUUUAGGAUUGACUCAAUCACCAGUAGUUGUUUGCUCAAAGGAGAAAAUCGAAACAUUGGUCAAAUUGAAAACAACAAAUCCGAAUGACUUGAAGUCUUUGAUCACUAUCAUUUCAAUGGACCCUUUGAAUGUAAAGGGCAAGGAUAACGAAUCUUUGAUCAAGUUGGCCGAGGAAAACAACAUCAAGUUGUAUGAUUUCAAUCAAGUUGAAAAAGUUGGCGAAGCAUUUCCACGUAAGAUUACACACCCAUCGCCAGAAACGGUUUAUACCUUUACUUUCACAUCGGGUACUACUGGAGCCAAUCCAAAGGGUGUUGUUUUGACACAAAGAUCUGUUGCUUGUGCACUUCUGGCUUUUGCAAUGUUGUUGCCCCACCACAAACACAUGGCUGAACUUGCAUUUUUGCCAUUGGCCCACAUUUUUGAGAGGCAAAUGAGUGCUGCCAUCUUAUCUGUUGGAGGAAACGUUGGCUUUUGCAGAUUAGGGGGUACUCCGUUAACCUUGUUUGAGGAUAUGAAGCUUUUCAAACCUACAUUUUUUGCAAAUGUUCCUCGUAUUUUUACUAAAAUGGAAGCUACGAUCAAAGCAGCAACAAUCGAUUCGUCAUCAAAAGCCAAUGGUGUCACAAAGGGACAAAACAAUGAAUACAUUUUUGACAAAGCCUUGAUCGAAAAGUUGCGUUCUAAGUUUGGGUUUGAUAAUGUUGAAUUUUGUAUUACAGGAAGUGCUCCAAUUGCUUCGGAGACAAUCAAGUUUUUAAGAGCAAGUUUAGGUAUUGGAUUCAUUUUGGGUUAUGGCUCAAGUGAAUCAUUUGCUGGUAUGUGUAUGGCAUUGCCAUUUCAUUCUCCAAGUAUCGGGACUUGUGGUGCUCUCACUCCUACAGUUGAAGCUAGAUUAAGGGAAUUACCCGAAAUGGGCUACUACUUGAAUGAUAAAGGUGGACCCAGAGGGGAAUUACAGUUGCGUGGACCGCAAAUGUUUACUCACUAUUACAAGAAUGAGGAAGAAACAAACAAGAGUUUUGAUUCGGAGGGUUGGUUUUCGACUGGUGAUGUAGCCCAAUUCACGAAUGAAGGGUGGAUAAUUAUUUUCGAUCGUGUCAAAAACUUUUUCAAGUUGUCUCAAGGAGAAUAUGUCACACCAGAAAAGAUUGAAAACUUGUAUCUUUCAUCGAACCCAAUCUUGUCGCAAGCAUUUGUUCAUGGUAACUCUACUGAAUCAUUUUUGGUUGGUAUAAUUGGGGUUGAUCCCGUGGGUAUUGUCAACUUUUUGACUGAGAACUGCAACAUCCCAAAGAGCCAAUUGGAUACUAAUGAAAAGAUUCUCCAAGUUUGCAAUAGACGUGAAAUUAGAACUCAGCUUCUAUUACAAUUGAACACCACCGUGGGAUCUGUUUUGAAUGGAUUUGAGAAGUUAGCAAAUGUAUUUAUUGAUUUUGAGCCAUUGAAGUUGGAGAGGGAAGUUGUUACACCCACUUCAAAGAUUAGAAGACCGAUUGCCUCAAGAUAUUUCAAGUCACAAAUAGAUGCAAUGUAUAAAGAAGGAUCACUUUUAAGAAAUUUGAAAUUGUGA